AUGGCCGCCGGCAAACUCCUCAUCUUCUCCCUUCUCCUCCUUGCCGCCUUUGCAAAUGCGUGUGGGACGUGUGGGCCCAAGACCACACCGACAAAAGGCCUGCCCGCGAACCCUUUCUGCCCUCGGGACACGUUGAAGCUCGGCAUUUGCGCGGACCUUUUGGGUUUGGUUAGCUUGAAGAUCGGGAGCCCGCCCUCGGGAGACAAGUGCUGUGCCCUGCUGGAAGGGCUGGCGGACUUGGAGGUGGCGGCCUGUCUGUGCACGGCCAUCAAGGCCAAUGUGCUCGGGAUCAACUUGAAUGUGCCGGUUGCGCUCAGUGCGCUCGUGAGCGCGUGCAGCAAGACUAUCCCGACCGGGUUCAAAUGCGGAUAA